CCUAAUUAGAAAAUACCCGUCCCAAAAAAGAUAAAUAAAGGUGAAGGUUGAAGAUUUUCUAAUGUAUGUAAACUAUUGUUAAUACAAUUUUAUAGAAAUAUAAAAUGACUGACAAUGAGGCUGUGCAUAGAUCUCAACCGCCAAGGAAAAAUUUUCGCCAAAAUAGGCCUCCUCCCAUGAAUCCCGGUGUUAGAAAGGCCGUAAAUAAUUUUGGAGUCACGGAUUUGCGGCAGCUCCUAAAUAAAAAGCAUCAAGAACAAGAUGAUAAUGGUUCUAAGGAAUCAGAAAAUAAACCAAGAGGGGCAAAUCCUCCUCCCGAUCCAGAAUAUAACUUCUUAAAGGAUGCAUCUAGAGAUGAAGUCAAACAUUAUCAGCCGAAAAGAAAUGAAACAUCUGGGAAACAUCAUAACAGGGAGGGUGAUGGUGUAACAAGAAGAACCAAAGAGAAAAAUGAAAAUGAUCCACAGUAUAAAAAUCAAUCACCAAGAAAAAAAGAAAAUGCUGAUGGACUAAAAAAGGAGCUACGUUUCUCUGAUACCCCAAAUAUUGUAUUGGAGGGACAAAAGAAAGAGCCACGUUUCUCUGAUACCCCAAAUAUCGUAUUAACAUCUCAAAAUGCUCAAAAUAGUAGGAAUAACUAUAAGUUGAGAGAUAAUACUAAAAGAAAGGAUGAAAAGAUAGAAAAUCCUGUUAAUAUUAAAGUGGAACUGAGUACUACAACAGGACAGAGAAGUUGUACUUUGGACGAGAAUACUAAAAUCCCAGAUAUUAAACAUGUACCAGACCAAAUACAACAGAGACCAUUUCGAGGAGGAUUUAGAGGGAGAGGUAGGGGCAGGGGUAGAGGCAGAGGUCGAGGUUACUAUCACGGCAAAGGCACAAAUUCAGGUGAAUCUAAUAGAGAUAUGGUUAAUAAAAAUAGAGAAUCAGAAACAUCAUCAGAAGAUCCUCAUUCAAAGCGAAAUGAAGUAUUCCAGACUGAAAAUGAAGGGAAAAAAUCAGGUCCAGAACCCAAUAUUGAUAGUGUCAAUAUUGAAACUUCUGAACACAACCCUGAUUUGGACGAUUACGAGGACGAAGAUUAUAGCGUCAAUUAUUCCAGCGAAUAUGACAACAGCUUCGAACGAAAAAAUGAAGCUGAUGAAGAUAACAAUGAUCUCAACAAUUCUGUAGCAAUUGAUGCGAAUUUAAAAGAUUCAAUUACUAUAACAUCAUCUCAGUUUCAAGAUGGCGACAUAAAACGAUCUGUUAAAGUUGAAACUGAUGAAAAAAAUUGACUUUUGUGAUAAUAAAAAAAAUAGAAGUAUAUACAUCU